AUGGGGCUGAAGGCGCGGCGCGCCGCGGCGGGCGGUAGCGCGGCCGGCGGGGCGGCGGCGGCGGCGGGGCGGCGGGCGGCGGGCGGUGGCGUUGGCGACCCCGAGCAGGGCUCGCUGGCCCUGGGCGCCGGCGCCGACCGCGACGGGACGCUGCUGCUGGAGGGCGGCGGGAAGGAGGAGGGCGGCAAGCGCAGCCCGCCGGGGCUGGGGCUGCUGGCGAAGACCCCCCUGAGCCGCCCGGUGAAGCGGAACCACGCCAAGUACCGCCGCAUCCAAACUUUGAUCUACGACGCCCUGGAGCGACCCCGCGGCUGGGCGCUGCUCUAUCACGCCUUCGUGUUUCUGAUUGUCUUAGGGUGUUUGAUCUUAGCUGUCCUGACAACUUUCAAGGAGUAUGAAACUGUUUCGGGAGACUGGCUCCUCUUGCUGGAAACUUUUGCCAUUUUCAUCUUUGGAGCAGAGUUUGCCUUAAGAAUCUGGGCUGCUGGGUGUUGCUGUCGCUACAAAGGAUGGAGGGGAAGACUCAAAUUUGCCAGGAAGCCUUUGUGCAUGCUGGAUAUCUUUGUGCUGAUUGCUUCAGUGCCAGUCGUUGCUGUUGGGAACCAGGGCAAUGUUCUGGCCACAUCUCUCAGAAGCCUCCGCUUCCUUCAGAUCCUACGGAUGCUCCGAAUGGACAGGCGGGGCGGUACAUGGAAACUUUUGGGAUCAGCCAUUUGUGCACAUAGCAAAGAACUCAUCACUGCUUGGUACAUCGGGUUCCUGACACUCAUCCUGUCCUCAUUUCUUGUUUAUCUGGUUGAAAAAGAUGUUCCUGAAAAGGAUGCUAAUGGGGUGGAGAUGAAGGAAGAGUUUGAAACCUAUGCAGAUGCACUGUGGUGGGGGCUGAUCACUCUCGCUACGAUUGGGUAUGGCGACAAGACCCCCAAAACAUGGGAGGGACGGCUAAUUGCAGCUACGUUCUCUCUCAUUGGAGUGUCUUUCUUUGCUCUUCCUGCAGGCAUUUUGGGCUCAGGGCUGGCACUGAAGGUCCAGGAGCAGCAUCGUCAAAAACAUUUUGAGAAAAGAAGAAAGCCUGCAGCUGAACUCAUUCAGGCUGCUUGGAGAUACUAUGCUACUAACCCCAACAGGAUUGAUCUAGUUGCUACCUGGAGGUUCUAUGAAUCAAUUGUAUCAUUUCCAUUUUUCAGGAAAGAGCAAUUGGAUGGUACUGCCAGCCAAAAGCUGGGUCUCUUGGAUCGGGUUCGUGGUACCAAUACUAAAGGAAAGCUAUUUACCCCUCUGAAUGUAGAUGCCAUUGAAGAAAGUCCUUCAAAAGAGCCUAAGAAUGUUGUCUUGAAUAAUAAGGAGCGUUUUCGCACUGCAUUCCGAAUGAAAGCAUACGCUUUUUGGCAAAGCUCAGAAGAUGCAGGAACCGGGGAACCCAUGGCAGAAGAGAGAGGUGACAGUAGUGACUUCCUUAUGGAAGAUAUGAUCCCCACAUUCAAGACAGCCAUCCGAGCUGUCAGAAUACUACAGUUUCGUCUCUAUAAAAAAAAAUUCAAGGAGACUUUGAGGCCUUAUGAUGUAAAGGAUGUGAUAGAGCAAUACUCAGCAGGGCAUCUUGAUAUGCUUUCCAGAAUAAAAUAUCUCCAGGCAAGAGUAGAUAUGAUUUUUACACCUGGACCACCAUCUACUCCCAAGCAUAAGAAAUCCCAAAAGGGAGGAGCUUUUUCUUACCCUUCACAACAGUCUCCCAGAAAUGAUCCCUAUGUAGCCAAAGCUUCUGCAGCAGAUACUGAAGACCAAAGUAUGAUGGGCAAAUUUGUUAAAGUUGAACGACAGGUUAAUGACAUGGGGAGGAAACUGGAUUUUCUUGUUGAUAUGCAUAUGCAUCAUAUGGAACAGCUGCAAAUACAAGUUGCUGAGAUAAGUCCAUUGAAAGAAACUGCUUCUCCUGCAAAGGAGAAGAGAGAAGAAAACAAAUAUUCUGAAUUAAAAACAAUAAUAUAUAAAUACACUGAGCAGUGUGCUCGUGAAACUCCUUACAACUUCCAGCAGGUUCCAGUCAACAAAGUCAGUCCUUAUGGUUUCUCAGCACAUGGUCAUAUGACUCAUUCACAACCUUUAUCAAUAGGUGGGCAAAACUCUGGCAAACUGCAAGCCACACCUUCCUCAACUUCAUAUGCAGAAAGGCCAACAGUUUUGCCUAUAUUUACAUUAAUGGACUCCCAGGUUAGCUACCACUCACAAGGAGACCUACAAAGCCCUUACUCAGAUAAGGUGUCUCCAAGGCAGAGAAGGAGCUUUACAAGAGACAGUGAUACUCCAUUAUCCCUUCUCUCCGUCAACCAUGAGGAACUUGAGCGCUCCCCAAGUGGCUUCAGUAUCUCCCAAGACAGAGACGACUUCCCGUUUGGCCCCAAUGGGGGAUCGGCGUGGAUGAGAGAGAAACGCUACCUAGCAGAGGGGGAAACGGACACAGACACCGACCCUUUUACACCAAGUGGCUCCAUGCCUUUGUCUUCUACAGGAGAUGGGAUUUCAGAUUCAAUAUGGACCCCUUCAAAUAAGCCAGUUUAA